GCAAGAGAUAUAGGAAAGUAGCAACGCAAGAAAGAAACGCCAUUGAUUUCAGGUGGCAGAAAAGGGUCAGAGCUUUAUCAACACCUGGACCUCCUCCUCUUCCACCACCUCAUUUUCUUCACCAUUUUCAUUCGUCACUCCCUUCACGUUUCCAAGCCUCUCUAACCAUUCUCUUUUUUUUUCUUUUUCUUUUGAGAAACAAAACUCUUGCUUCAAUGCAUGUAAGUAAUUUGUUUGUUAAUUUAACCCAAGUGUAAUUUAAAUCUUUUUUACUCUGACUCCCACAAAAUUACAAGAGGAUUUUGAGGGCCAAAAAAACAAAAGAGUUAGAGAGAAAGCAGCAGCAUGAAUGAAGGUUGCACAAGUGUCGUGAGUGCUCGCACUAUCCUUGCUAAAUUUAGAACAUUUAAUCCCAUUAUAAGAGCCCACCUCCCCAACUCGCCUAUACCAUCCCUCCCCUCUCUCUCUAACCUCUCCUCCCAAAUUCUCCCCUUCUCAUCAUGGACAUUACCGGAAAUGGAAAGGAAGUGAUGGGCAGCGGCAGCGCCAAUGCGGCUGAGGAAGGCAGCGCAAGGGGCCGCGGCCGCCGCCAGCGAAACCAGCAGCAGCGCCCCGAUCUUCUGUCGGGAAACGUGCAGCGAGGCCCCAGAAUGCCUCGUGCCAGGCGUGCUAGCCUUGAGGGCCUCGCCUUGCCCGGUGCGCACGUGCCGCCUCUGCCUGUCGCACGUGAAAUUGAUCUUUCGAAACUUGCUUAUCUUUUCAAGAAGCAGCUAAGGAACAGCGACGUAGGUGUGCUGAGAAGAAUGAUCCUUCCAAAGAGAGAAGCUGAGAUUCAUCUUCCUGUCCUUGAAGCGAAGGAAGGAAUUCCAAUUAGCAUGCUGGACAUGGAUGGAAUUCAUGAGUGGUGGUUCAAGUACAGAUUCUGGCCGAACAAUAGCAGCAGGAUGUACGUACUCGAGUAUACUGGGGAAUUUGUCUACACUCAUGGCUUGGUAACCGAUGAUUUCAUUCUCGUCUACCAGAACGUGGAAGAUGGAAGAUAUAUCAUCGAAGCAAGAAAAAAGGGACAAGAUCUUGCUCCGAGGAUAUUCAACAAUCUUUCGAUAAUUGAAGCAGCACCUGAGCUAGCACUCCCGGAACUCCCUGAACUCCCUGUUCUAGAAGACACCGAGCUGGUGUAUGCAUACGACAAUGACUUCUUUAACAACUCUCCCCUCGACAUCGACUACAUGGGGGAGUCCCUCAACUUACCAAGCCUUGGAUCGGACUCGUCUUUUGAAGCCAUCGAAGACUUCAAUCCUGAAGACUUUGAGUUCGAGUGGAGAGAGUAAGUUGGUUGGUUGUGAAAAUGUAUUAAAACUUUUGUCUUGGAAAGAACUUUGUGGGGUGGGUAAGUAAUGGUGCACAUAUAUAUAUAUAUAUAUAGCUAGAAUAAAGGUACCAAGAAUAGAAGUUGGUGAUAGUGAGCUUGACCUGCUAUAGUGCUUCUCAGGCCAGAAAGGGAGGCCUCAUCUUUUGUCAGGCUGUGUAUUUUGCUGUGUUUUUGUUGAAUCAACUAAAUUAUCCUUAUACAUCCUAAUCUAUCUCUCAUUAUCUCA